AUCUUUCCGCCUCUUUCUCUUCCAACUCAGCAUGGCGGGAAAAUAUUAUGUCUUUGCCGAAACGGCUUAUUCCGACGCGGCUUUUGAGCCAGGAUGACAAACCCGAGGAGGUGGAACUACCCAAAUUGCCUGUACCAACAUUGCAGCACACGAUGGUCCGUUACAGAGAGGCGCUGAAGCCGAUUUUGACAGCAGCGCAGUUCGAGACAUCUUGCACUUUGAUCAAAGCGUUCGAGGCUGAAAAUGGGCCCGGACCCAGAAUUCAGAAGGCGCUAUUAGACCGGAGAGAGCAAUUCGACAACUGGGCUUAUGAUUGGUGGUUGCAUGAUAUGUAUUUGAACAAUCAGAUAUGUCUGCCGGUCAACUCCAACCCAGGGAUGGUUUUCCCUCCGGAAUAUUUUUCGCAGUUGAGCGAUAUGGCUAACUACGCAGCUACAUUUGUUGGACAAAUGCUGAAACAUAAGGCUAUUUUAGACAGGCGAGCAUUACCGAUCGAGAGGGCAACAUCGCGUGAAAAAGGACAACCACUAUGCAUGGCGCAGUACUACAGGCUCUUAACAUCUUAUCGACGGCCGGGACUCCAAUGUGACCGACUUAUUUCAACUGAGAACUCUCCUCUGUACAAGGAUGAUCCUCAUGUCAUCGUCAUUUGCAAAAAUCAGAUGUAUCGUGUGCGAUUGAAGAAAUUGACCGACGGAGAAUUUUUAAACGAGAACGAACUAGCGGAUGAGUUUCAUGGAAUUCUACAAGAGUGUGAAAACUUGGAGCCCCAACUGCCAGUCGGAAUUCUAACAUCGCAGAGGAGAAAUAUUUGGGCGGAAAGCAGAGAAAUUUUGCUCAGUAAAGGUGCAGACAACGAAGAGAAUUUAAAUCUGAUCGAGGAAUGUGUGAUGAUAGUAUGUUUUGACAUGGAGGUGCUGGGCGAUCAGUUCAACAGCAGAUCGAACAUAAGCAGAAGCAAGUACAAAGCGGGCAACAGAGACGAAACGAACAUGAUGCACCAAAUGCUCCACGGAGGAGGAUUCGAGACUAAUUCUGGAAACCGCUGGUUCGACAAAACCAUUCAGGUCGUUGUGGGAAUGGAUGGGGUGUGCGGUUUGUGCUACGAGCACUCCCCUUCAGAGGCCGUGUCACUGCUUCAGGUCGUAGAGGACAUCCUAGAGAAGAGUCGUUCGGUUGAGGUCAAUUGCAGUCCCGUGCCCAAACAGCACAGCGCUCAACGAGAGAAACUCAACUGGGUCGUCGAUAGCGAGAUAGAGAAACACGUCAUCGAGGCCUCUAGAAUAUUCCAGGGGGUUGUCGAGGAUUUGGAUUUCUGUGUGAUGCGGUUUGAUGGAUAUGGUAAAAACUUCAUAAAGCAGAACAGCGUCAGUCCCGAUGUUUACGUUCAGCUAGCAUUACAAAUGACUUAUCACAGGUUGCACGGGCGACUAGUGGCGACUUACGAGAGUGCCUCGACCCGGCGCUUCGCUUUGGGUCGCGUGGAUUGCAUCCGUUCGGCCACGAGCGAGGCCUUGGAGUGGGCGUCUGCCAUGAACCUCGGUGAGGCCAUCGAUGAGGUCGAACCCAACAUCAGUGACCCCCUUCAGCCAACCAAGAGGGUCUCUUUCAAGCUCUGCGAUGACAAACAAAAAUUGGAAUACUUCGAUCGAGCGGUGAAAAAACAAACUGAAGUCAUGAUUGAAAAUAUCCUCGGCGACGGAAUCGACGUGCACUUACUUGGACUGCGAGAGCAAGCGAAACUCAUGAAAGAACCCACGGAUCUGUUUUUGGAUGAUGGUUAUAAAAUUGCGAACCACUUUGCUCUGUCAACCAGUCAGAUUGCGACAAGAACGGAUACUUUCAUGGGUUACGGACCAGUGGUGCCAGAUGGCUAUGGCGCAUCAUACAACCCUCGCUCGGACUCGAUAGUGUUCUGCCUGUCUGCAUUCCGCUCUUCACAGAUAACUGAUUCUUCUCAUUUUGCCAAUGCCCUUCAGGAAUCCCUCCUUCUUAUACAGCAACUCCUUAACACACGCCAAUCUUAAUUUAUAACUUCUCCCGAGUUUUAAAAAAAUAAUGGCCAGGGUUUAAGGUGGAGAUGCCAUGCGGACAAUAUGUGAGCAACAUCUAACCCUUAAAAAAAUCACAAAUCUGAUUCAGACUCUUGUUUUUGUUUUCAGUCAGUUGUCUAUUCACCUCGACAAUUUAAGGAAAGUCUAGUAAAACCAAUGGGUUUAUUUGUUAAAUUACCAAAACACGACUCUGAAAUUUUCCGUUGAGUUUUGAUAAAUGUUAUAAUUCAUUAAAUAUUAAAACAUGUCGUGGAUUUAAUUAAAGAAUAAGAUCUUUAAUUCACUCAAUGCCCCUGAAACGAAAUGUCAGAUUAUUUUGAUCACCGUGAAUGUUGAAUGAAAAAAUAUUCGUCGGUCAAACACAAACCUUCGUCUCCAAUUUCAUUGUUUAUCGAUGUUUUUAAUCGUUUAUUAUACCUAAGGCUAUUAAAACCUGCCAUUUUGGAAAAUACACAAAUUUUUGGAUUUAGGACUUAGCUAUGUCACGCCUCUGAAUAGAAGCAUAUUUUGUGCAAAUUUCCCCUUAUUAGGAAGUUUACUUUACUUGUCUGUGAUUUUCAUUGUUUUACUUUAAGUUAGCUUGUUUCUUUUUAGUCACGUAGCUACUCCUGAAUUAGGCUGGUAUAGUUUAUUUGAAUUCUUUACAUUUUAUUUUUGUUGUGUUUCUAGAUAUUUAUUGGUAUGAUAAUGACGAUAAAAAGUCAUUUGGUUCUGCUAUCCAAAUUCUCUACACUUUUUUUCUGUUUUUUGGCGUCCGUAUUUUUAUUUAUUAUUAAUUCUCAUUUGCUUCAUGAAUGAAUUUAAAAACUGAGAAACUUUAACGCGAAUAUUUAUUUAAAAAUUUAUCUGACACAUAUUUUGUAUCGUAUCUUGUUAUUAAUGAUCCCAAGUAAGCAGCUUGGCUAUCAAUAUAUCUGGACAAUAUGUAUUUUUCCAGCUGUUGUUUCUAGUCAAAUUAUACCCGGAAAUAUUCCGAGGGAAAAAUAGUAUUUUUCUUUACCUGUUCUAUUCUAUUGUCUCGAAAGUUACCGUUCUUGUUUCUUCUUUUUCUUAAGAUAUGCCCUCUAAAAUUCUAGUAUAAAAAUUUUACAGAAUUUAUAAAACGGCUCGCCACGUGACAGAAGCCAGCUGCAGUCACAUAUGACGGAUCUGAACGUUAUAAAUUACAACUUAUUGUAGUAUUUUGAUUGUAGGCACUUAUGAAAUUGCAGCUGAUCGUUUAAGUUUACAGCAAUUAUGAAUCGUGGGCCAUGAUUAAGAUAUUUAGAAGACGGGAACAGUUGUUGUAAUGUAUGUUCUAAUGUAUUGAGGGGCCGUUCAUAUUCAUUAAAUACAUUGGUAACGCUUUAAAUAGGAUGUCUUUACUCCCAUCCUCUUCUUUGAACGCACCUAUUUCAGCGUUGCAUAAUGCAACCCUCAGCUUUCCAUACCACACCUGUAACACAGGUUCAGAUCUCCUCCCUCCAGAGCGUUAUGUAUUUUAGGAAACGGCCCUUGGUUAUGAAAAAUGAGAGAGAAACGAUUUUUGUUUCAAUUGUCUAUUUUUAUGUUACGCGAAUAAAUAAAGUCUAUAGAGUAUUAAUUAGGGAAAAUGUAUUUUAAUCGUUGUUGGAAAUGAAAGAGUUUAUUAUUUUGUUGAAUAUGGAAAAGUUCUAGGUGCCAAUGAAAUGACUGACCUACGUCAAGUCAACCAUACUCCACUUGUUCUCAUAGAAAUCUGUUUUAAAAUUAGAUGAAGGAGAUAGAGCAGGGUGCGAGAGAAAUAUAAUUGUGAUUGUAUUGAAUGAGAAUGAAAAAAAUUGAUCUAAAUUUAGAAAGUUUCAAAAAUACAUAUCAGUAUAGAUGUGAUUAUUUUGUGCAUUUUAUCUUGUGAUUUUUGACGAAGUUACCAAAAUUAGCUAAAUUUACAUGAUGGAUGUUAAUGUUACCCUUUGCGUACUUGUAGGAAAUUUAGCCGUGACAGCACGAUAUAAUCGUAGCUCAUUGGUUUAUUUUUGGUCCAAAAUCUUCAACUAGACUCCAAACAAUAUAGUAGUCUUAAUAUUCUUUUUCUUUACGUAAAUAAAGACCACCAGAACGAAUGAAAUUGACCGUGGUCUAGAAUUUCUAGUUACCUCUAUGCGAGUUAGUUUAUGUAAUGAGAUUAUGUAAUUUUACACACAAAAAACGGAAAUAGCGCUUUCUUAAUUUUAACUGUUAGACUAUCUGGUGAUCAAGUUUUGAAACCCUUCAGUAAAAUUAUCAUGAAUAGAAACAUGUAGCCUAUGAAUAUAGAGUGCAAUUGUGUAAGGGUUGUAAAUAUGUUGUAAAACUAGAAAAGCAAUGUCUUGCGAUGUCUGAAAGGUAUCGCUCGUUUUCUACUCUUUCUCACUGAAAUCAACCAGUUUGUUUGAAUAAAUUCUUUGGCAAUUUUUUCCAUUUAAUAAAGCAGGUUUCUCAAAGACCCCAUCCGAACAUAGUAACGAUCGCAUCAUUGAACUUGCGGAAUAAACUUUUAGAUACGUAAUGUGAUGAAACAAGAAAAAAACAUGAAUGUGGUUAUUUCAUCGUCGAGGGUUUAUGGUUUCGUCGGUAAGAAGUGUAGUGAAAUUUGCAAAAUAUGUACAGCUUAAGAACAUCCUAGUUCUACUUUUUGAAUUCAACGCAAUCGACAAAAGUCACUUUUGCAUUGAGAAACUGCCUCUGAUACCUUAAAUCUCUUCUUAAGAAUAUGAAGAUCCGUGCUUUUCUAGUUCCUCAAUCUAAAUAUGCCUUAACAGGCAUUUAACACACGACUUGUCAACAUUGCACUAUAAUUAUACUCAUGACCUUUGCACUCGUUUUAGAAAGCCUUUUUCGUGUAACCUUUCUUGGUGAUACUUUGUAUGUAUUAUUUUUAAUGAAAAGAGGAAUAAACGCUGGUGGCAGGGAUUAGAUGAAUGAUAAUAAUAAGAGUUACAAUGAGCAUUUGUUUUGUUUCAUGCCACCUACCAUCGGAAAAAAGGCCUCAUUAAAGACGAUAUUUAAAAAUAAAGGAAAAGGUUCCUCGAAAAGGCCGAUGACCUGACAAAAUUUUCAAACAAAAUCUGUGUACUUACCGAUAGUCAAUGUAUGACCUUUGUUGUUGAUUUAGAGUCAUAUGCUUCUAAAGCGAAAAAUAAUUUCAGAUUCGAGUAUCUAGUUUAUGUUCCCGCUUAACCUAGUGAUUGAUUCAUUUUUUUAGAUGAAUAUUCAAUAAUAAAUUGUAGCAAAUAUUUUUAUGUUGA